AAUAUAUAUUCUUAGGGAUAAUUGAGGUUGGAAGAAGUAAAUCUUAUCAAUUGUCUUAUAUCUAUACAAUAUUUUGAACGUUAUGUCAGAAGAGCCUGACACCAAUUCUGUCUUUGAUGAAGUAGAGGAGGAUAACAAUCCAUUUUCUCAUACGCAAGGUCUUGCGAGUCUUAUCAAUGAUGGGAAAGCUGUGGAUAUUGUGGAUGACACCAAUGAGGACGGGACGUCUACAACCCGGGUGCUGUCGCUACAGGGUCCCGAAGAGUCUGUAUUGCUUUACAAGAGCACUGCACCACUGCAACUGCUAACCUCUAACCAGAAUGUGGGGGCAACUCAGCCAGAUCAGGCAGUUGACGGCGGUGAAGGGUCCAAUGUGGUCGUUAGUGGAGACUUUGAUUUUAACAGAAUACAACUCAAUCAUGAAACUAGGGUUACAAGACUCUUGAAACCACACACAAAGGUGCGGAUCCAGAUAACCGAGGCUGGUAAUUCGAACGAAGGAGUGCUGAACUCACUGAAGAAGUAUAUCGUAUACACGAUUAGAUUGAUCAAUGUGGACGAUCCAAGUGAAGAUAUCCAAACCAGAAGAAGAUACAGUGACUUUGAGAGUCUUCGAGAUAUACUCACUAAGAUAUUCCCCUUGGUCAUAGUGCCACCUAUUCCUCCAAAGAACUAUUUCAAUUUGAAUGUGUUGAAUGGAUUAGUUGCCAGUAACAUACUGGUGGCAAGUGUUACGAGUGGUGGUGGAACAGGCACUGGUGGUGGACAUAUGAAUGGUGCAGGGGAUGGUCCAGUCGGGGAAUCCAACACCGAUGCUGGCGGGUCUGGCGGUGCUGCUGGUGCUGGUGCUGGUGUCAAUGCGGGUGUUGGUGAGCCUGCUGAAAACAAGGGACCAAGCAAUGGAGGAACCAAGGACAACAUCAUCAACAAUUCUAUUGGACUCCCCAACAACAAUUACUCAUACAUCAACUCAAAUCAUCUUAAUAAACACAAAUUGGUGGAACAUCGGAAAAGGUUAUUAUCUAACUUUUUAAAUAAUUGUUUGGAAAUACCCAAGAUCCGGAAUCUUGAAUUUUUUUCCAAGUUUUUAGAUCCCAAUGCUAAUUGGACAGAUGAGAUAGUAUUGAUCACCAGCCAACUCCCUAAGUCAGUCUACCAACUGAAUCCAGAAAAUGGACUCCAAACCGAUGGAAUAUAUACCAACUUACCCCUCCCAGUCUCUAGUCAUAGUCUACCACGAGCAUUAUUGCGACCACUUCAAGAAAACAAAAAACGAUUUAACCGAAGAAGAGAUCAAAUCUUGGGUACAGACACCCCUGCUACGGAAAGUAACCAUACUACCACUGCUAAUAAUAAUCUGGUUGAUAACACGGAGGCAGUAGUGGCUGAUGGAAGCGAUCAAGAUAUUAUUAAUACGACACUUUUAGAUUCUACAAAUAAUCGAAUCAUGGAAAACUUUAUUGGAUUAGCAAAUGAUUACACUGAAUUGGGGAGUAUAUUCAAUUCCUUCUCUCUAAUACUUUCAGAUUCCCCAGAUAUCCGCGGGAAGCCACUUAUGGAUGAAGAAAUCAAACUUAAUAUCAUUUUUGAUAAAGUGGGACAAGUAUUCGAUCGGUCAUAUAUAACCCUCAACUCAUUAAUUGGCGAUUUAGAAACUAAGUUUUCGGAACCCUUAGGGGAAGCCGUAAGGUAUUCAUCAACACUUCAAAGUAUUCGAAAAUUCAAAGACCGGAAAUUGCGCCAAUCUGUACUUUUGGAACGAGAAUUGGAAGAUAAAAAGAGAGAAUACAACGAGCUCCUGAGGUUUGAAGCCGAAUCAGAACGGGUUGAACUGGCAUAUGGUCAAGGUGGUGGCACAGUUCGGAAUGCCAAAUAUGAUUUGAAGGCUGAUCCUACCCCGAUUUCCAAGAGUAAAUACAAGUUAUUCCCUCUGAUGAAUUCAUUGAAGAAAAUUACCCAAUAUGUGAGUGAUAUUAUAGACCAGAACCCUGAAGAAACCCGUAAACAGAAGCUUGUGGCACUCAAGAAUAAGAUUGAUAUCCUUGAAGUAUGCCAAGUUCGUAUGGCUGAGGAUAUCUCGUAUAUUGCUGAUGAGCUUAAUAACAACUUCAAAAGCUUCCAAAAACGCCAAUUGAAAAUGAUUUAUGACAUUUUACUUCGUUAUAAUGGUUUCCUUAUUGAUUGGGCGAAGAAGAAUGUGGAGAUAUGGGAGGAUAUUCGUGAGGAAAUCCAGAAAUUAUAAUGAAAUUUCUAUUUGUAUGUACGUACAUGAAUAUAUAAUAUUCUUCGAUAUAAAGU